CUUUUUUUUUUUUUUUUGCGCGGUGAAUCUCGCUCGUCCUCAACCUCACAUAUCGCUAACGUCCAAGCUCUCGCUCUUCGUCGCUCAUUUGCCAUAUUUUAUUUCUUCCUUAUUUCCCUCGGUUCUCCGUUCUUCGAGCAUCGAACGCUUCCCACUUCUCCCAAUACACACACGGAGAGAGAGAGAGAGAGAGAGAGAGAGAGAGAGAGAGAGAGUUGAAGAUCUAGGGUUACGGUCUUCUGGUCCGAUUUCUGAUUCUUGCUUCGUGGCUGCUGUGAAGGAAGAUGAGCGAAAAUCCUAUGCCGGGGAGUUCCCAUGGGAAUCUGGACGAGCAGAUUGCACAGCUGAUGCAGUGCAAGCCACUCUCCGAACAAGAGGUCAGAGUAUUGUGUGACAAAGCAAAGGAGAUUUUGAUGGAAGAAAGCAAUGUCCAGCCAGUGAAAAGCCCUGUGACAAUUUGUGGUGACAUUCAUGGACAGUUUCAUGAUCUUGCUGAAUUGUUUCGUAUUGGUGGAAAGUGUCCAGAUACAAAUUACUUAUUCAUGGGAGAUUAUGUUGAUCGUGGGUAUUACUCUGUUGAAACCGUCACACUCCUUGUUGCCCUUAAAGUGCGAUACUCUCAGAGAAUCACCAUCCUCAGGGGAAACCACGAAAGUCGGCAGAUUACACAAGUUUAUGGAUUUUAUGAUGAAUGCUUAAGAAAGUAUGGCAAUGCUAAUGUGUGGAAGAUAUUCACCGAUCUAUUUGAUUAUUUUCCAUUGACAGCAUUGGUUGAGUCAGAAAUAUUUUGUCUGCAUGGUGGAUUAUCCCCAUCUAUUGAGACUCUUGAUAACAUUCGGAAUUUUGAUCGUGUUCAAGAGGUUCCUCACGAAGGGCCAAUGUGUGACCUACUAUGGUCUGACCCCGAUGAUCGAUGCGGUUGGGGUAUCUCUCCUCGCGGUGCUGGAUAUACAUUUGGGCAGGAUAUUUCAGAACAAUUCAACCAUACCAAUAACCUUAAGCUGAUUGCUAGAGCGCAUCAGUUGGUCAUGGAGGGAUAUAACUGGGGACAUGACCAAAAGGUUGUAACCAUAUUUAGCGCACCUAAUUAUUGCUACCGCUGUGGGAACAUGGCCUCCAUAUUAGAAGUUGAUGACUGCAAGGGUCACACAUUUAUUCAGUUUGAACCAGCACCAAGGAGAGGCGAACCUGAUGUAACAAGGCGAACUCCUGAUUAUUUUCUAUAAUUCUUCAUCCAUUUAGCCUGUCACUGAUAUCUGGCUGCAAGUGUAGACGCUAGACAGGUUACUUACUAGUUAGGGACAGACAGUUCAAUUAUUUCGAGCUUCUUAGCUUGGUGGUUUGAAGGGUAAGAGAGAAUGUGUAUGUUGAGGGGGAAGGAUUUUGAAAUUUUCUUGCGAUUUCGAGGACUUGUUAUUGGUUUCAAUUUGUGGCUGCGAAAGCAGUAAGGGUACAGUAUUCAGUGUACUGUGAUUCCGCUCCCUUGUUUUGAUUUUGCCCCUUAUUAUAUUUACUUCAUUUUCAGUAUAUGUAGAGAUGAGAGAUCAA